UUGGUGUUCAAGAAACCCAGUAACUUGCUGUGUGCACUCGCUGAACUAGUUUGAUCAGACUGGUUCAUUGCACCAGUACUUUUAUUUUAGAUCUCCCAGCAAUGGACAACAUCAAAGACGGGUGGUUCACCGAAACGUGCACAUUAUGGCCUGGUCAAGCGAUGAGUCUUCAAGUGGAGGAAGUGUUGUAUCAUAAAAAAUCCAAGUUCCAGGAUGUGAUGGUUUUUAAAAGUAAAACAUAUGGAAAUGUGCUGGUUUUGGAUGGAGUUAUCCAGUGCACAGAACGGGAUGAAUUUUCUUAUCAGGAAAUGAUUGCAAAUCUACCUCUCUGCUGCCACCCUUGCCCCAAGAAGGUUCUCAUUAUUGGUGGAGGAGAUGGUGGUGUUCUGAGGGAAGUUGUAAAGCAUCCGUUGGUUGAGUCGGUUGUCCAGUGUGAGAUUGAUGAGGAUGUUAUAAAUGUAUCCAAGAAGUACCUCCUUGGAAUGGCGAAAGGAUUCUUUAGCCCCAAGCUCACUCUGAAUGUAGGUGAUGGAUUUGAAUUCAUGAAACAGAAUCAGGAUGCCUUUGAUGUCAUCAUCACAGACUCUUCAGACCCUGUCGGUCCUGCCGAAAGCUUGUUCAAAGAGUCUUACUAUCAGUUAAUGAAAACUGCACUGCACGAGGGAGGAAUUCUAUGUUGUCAAGGAGAGUGUCAGUGGUUGCAUUUGGAACUAAUCAAGGAGAUGCGAACCUUCUGUAAGACGCUCUUUCCUGUAGUAGAUUAUGCCUACUGCACCAUUCCAACAUACCCAAGUGGCCAAAUUGGCUUCAUGCUUUGCAGUAAAAAUCCAAAAACAAAUUUCCGUGAACCAGUACGAGAACUAACAAGAGACGAGAUUGAGAGCAUGGACCUAAAAUAUUACAAUCCAGAAAUCCACCGUGCUGCAUUUAUUCUCCCAGAGUUUGCCAGAAAGGUACUUAGUGAAGCAUAAAUGGCUUCUUGGAUGCCAUUUUGUGUCAUGCUGCCUUCUGUGAAAGCAGAACAAAACCCUCACCUCAGCUGCAGUACCUCCCACUCUGGAUCACUCUCCAGCCUCUUUUUUUUUUUUUUUUUCUGACUGAUUGGUCAAUGAUCUGUUUCAAGUGGAAAUGCCUUCUGUGGGAAAUUCUCUGUAUUUAUAUCUGGUCCCAUCAGUACUUCACGUCUUAUGAGUUGGUUUGUUUCCUUAUACAAUACCACUGCCCACAUCAAACUGUCAGAAGUAUACAGAAAGACAAUCAGUGCAUGCAUUGUGACAGAUUCCUCAGUCUAUUUAUGUUUUAACAGUUCUAGCUUGGCAAUACUCCAUUUAAUAAGCAUAUUUUACAUAAUAAUCUAAUGGAAGGGAAAUCUCAUAAGUUUUUGCAUUUCUACUGGUGGGAAUCAACAGAACCAGAGCAUCAGCAUGUCUCUUUUGUAACCCUUUCAAAGACGUUCAGGUAAUUGUACAUAUUUUGUUAACAUGCAGUGUAAAGAUUGCAUAUUAUGGGUCAGUUUGUCAGCAGUUUUCAACAAAAUAGAAUACUGAUAUUUUUAAGCUGGCUCUCCCUCUUAAACUGGAAGUCAUUUCCUGCAGUUGUUAAAAAUGAUUCAAAACAUGAAUGCUUUAUGUUUUAUAAAGGUGGCAUUGGGGUCUCUGCAGAUGACUUGUGAUCUUGCUCUCAUGAAUAGUUAUGUAACUCUGGUUACGUGAAUCAUGUUUGCUUGACGUGGUUUGUAUAGAGCAAAUACAGUUGAAGUCAGAAGUUUACAUACACCUUAGCCAAAUACAUUUAAACUGAGUUUUUCCACAAUUCCUGACAUUUAAUCAUAGAAAACAUUACCUGUGUUAGGUCGGUUAGGAUCACUACUUUAUUUUAAGAAUGUGAAAUGUCAGAGUAAUAGUAGAGAGAAUUAUUUAUUUCAGCUUUUAUUUCUUUCAUCACAUUCCCAGUGGGUCAGAAUUUUACAUACACUUUGUCAGUAUUUGGUAGUAUUGCCUUUAAAUUCUUUAACUUGGGUCAAACAUUUUUAGUAGCUUUCCACAAGCUUCUCACAAUAAGUUGCUGGAAUAUUGGCCCAUUCCUCCUGACAGAACUGGUGCAACUGAGUCAGGUUUGUAGACAAUCCUUGCUCGCACACACAUGUUCAGUUCUGCCCACAAAUUUCCUAUCGGAUUGAGGUCAGGGCUUUGUGAUGGCCACUCCAGUACCUUGACUUUGUUGUCCUUAAACCAUUUUGCCACAACUUUGGAGGAAUGCUUGGGGUCAUUGUCCAUUUGGAAGACCCAUUUGCGACCGAGCUUUAACUUCCUUGCUGAUGUCUUGAGAUGUUGCUUCAAUAUAUCCACACAAGUUUCCUCAUGAUGCCAUCUAUUUUGUGAAGUGCACCAGUCCCUCCUGCAGCAAAGCAGAUGCUGCCACCCCCAUGCUUCACGGUUGGGAUGGUGUUCUUUGGCUUGCAAGCCUCACCCUUUUUCCUCCAAACAUAACAAUGGUCAUUAUGGCCAAACAGUUCAAUUUUUGUUUCAUUAGACCAGAGGACAUUUCUCCAAAAAGUAAGAUCUUUGUCCCCAUGUGCACUUGCAAACUGUAGUCUGGCUUUUUAAUGGCAGUUUUGGAGCAGUGGCUUCUUCCUUGCUGAGCAGUCUUUCAGGUUAUGUCGAUAUAGCACUCAUUUUACUGUGGCUAUAGAUACUUGUCCAUCUGUUUCCUCCAGCAUCUUCACAAGGUCCUUUUGCUGUUGUUCUGGGAUUGAUUUGCACUUUUUGCACCAAACUACGUUCAUCUCUAGGAGACAGAAUUCGUCUCCUUCCUGAGCGGUAUGAUGGCUCCGUGGUCCCAUGGUGUUUAUACUUGCAUACUAUUGUUUGUACAGAUGAAGGUUGUACCUUCAGGCAUUUGGAAAUUGCUUCCAUGGCGAACCAGACUUGUGGAGGUCCACAAUUUUUUUUCUUCUUUUUUUUUCUUAAGUCUUGGCUGAUUUCUUUUGAUAUUCCCAUGAUGUCAAGAAAAGAAGCACUGAGUUUGAAGGUAGGCCUUAAAAUACAUCUACAGGUACACCUCCAGUUCAGUACACCUCCUAUUAGAAGCUAAUUGUCUAAAGGCUUGCAUCAUUUUCUGGAAUUUUUCCAAGUUGCUUAAAUGCACAGUUAACUGAGUGGAUGUAAAAUUCUGACCCACUGGAAUUGUGAUAUAGUCAAUUAAAAGUGAAACAAUCUGUCUUUAAACAAUUGUUGGAAAAUGUACUUGUGUCAUGCACAAAGUAGAUGUCCUAAACGACUUGCCAAAACUAUUGUUUGCUAAUAUUAAAUCUGUGGAGUGGUUAAAAAAAUGAGUUUUAAUGACUUCAGCCUAAGUGUAUGUAAACUUCUGACUUCAACUGUAGGUGUUUGGUAUGUAGCUUUUUGAGAGAUGUGCUAUCAUGUGUCUGUUGCAAAUGUAUGCUUAUUGUCAGUGGAAACUGUGGGUGGAACGGGGUCGCCUUUUAACUUGAAAUGAAAUGUCUUUUAAGGAUACUGGAAGUCUCAAGAUACUGUCUUAAUAUUGAACCUGGUUAUGGAUUGAAUAGGAAUAUUAGCUGUACGUCAAGAUAAAAUGAUAACGGUGUGUUUGCUGAUUAUGAUCAUAUAUCUUUUAAGUCUAGUUGCAUAGGCCAUACUAUUUUGUACUCUUGUCAAGUUUUACUGUAUGAAAGGGUUUAUCUGCCCUUUUAUCAUUUGUGUUCACGAUGUACAUUUCAUUAUGUGAAUUUCAUAAAUUCUUUUGAAAUAAUA